CCUUGUAUACACAGUCAGGCAGGAGGAGAGCAUCAAUCAUUUCUUUCGUUUAGGAGUUCAGGAGCGUUUGUUUUAUCUGCAGGAGUGUAACAAGAGGUGAAAGCUGUAAACCCCCACUGGGAAAAACAUGGGAAACGAACAGUCCAACAACAUAGAAGCUACCCAGAACGGGAACACUUCUGAGAAGCAUGAAAAUGGAUCAGUAAAUGGCUUGUCUGCUAAGAUCACAGCUAAUGGACUGGAGACUGAUGUAGAGAGCAACAUCACAGUCCAUCAGAAUGGCAAGCCCCAAUCUUCAAACCACCCAACAAACCCGAAUGAGCCCGCAACAGUCAAAUCAGACGCUCAAAAAGACAACUCUCAAGUUAUUUUAGAAAUCACCAGCAAGAAGGAAGAGGUGAAGAAGAGUAAAGAGGAAAAAGGUCGUUCUUUGGGCAAACUGUUUAAAAAGAAAGCAGAUCGUAGGGCUCAUGGCGAAGAGAGUGGAGAAAAAGGCAAAGAGACGUCAGGUGAAGAUCAAGUGGAUGUAAACCAGUUUUCUACUGAUGCACAACAGGAGACAGCUAACCUACAGCUACAGUCUGAGCCGGUGACGGAGCCAGACAGCCUGACUGCUGACUCGGGUCCAGAGGAAGACAAAGUUCCCAAAGCUGACCACGGAAACGGUCAGACUGUGGAAAACCAAGAGGAAAGCAACCCAGAAGAGAAUCCAGUUAUGAACUUCUUCAAAACACUAGUGAAUACCACCAAAACACCCAAAAAGGAAACUGCUCCCGAGGCCACAAAAGAUCAGUCCUUGAAGGAGAGCCAACCUGCAGCAGCACCUACUGUUGCACAAACAUCUGAACCACCUGCAGCACCCAAAGGAAUGCCCAUCCCACCACCACCUCCUCCAGAGCCGCCAAAAAUGGAAGUCAAAGGAGAAGCAGCUGCCAAACCUGCAAAGCUGACAGCAAAAGAAGAAGCAAAAGCUGCUGCAAAGGAACCUGAGCCCGCAAAAGGAAAAUCAGCCAAAGAUGCUCUGAGCAAAUUCUUCCGCCCAAAGGGGACAGAGGUGAAGGUGUCACAGCCUGUUGUAGAGGUGCAGGUUGACAAUAAGGUUGAACCUGAGAGGGCAGCAAUGGAGGCGCUCGUACAAGUGGUAGAAGUGCAGAUGGUGGAAGCUGUACCACAGCCAGUGGUAGAAGCUGAGAAGGUGGAUCCUUCAAAAGCUGGCACUCUGGAGGCAGCUGCUAAGCCAGAGCCACCACCUGCUCAGGAAGAGAAGAAAGCAGCCUCAAAAUCAUCCCUCCUCUCUAUCUUUAAGCCCAAAGUACUGUUAGAUCACAUGACCACAAAAGUCCAAGCAGCCUCCACAAGUGGAGUUCGGUUCCUCAGGAAAACUACUGGACUGGCUGCUGAGCCCAUGAAGACGGCACCGACCCCAUCUGCAACAGCAGAGGCAGCAGCCAAAGCCAAGGAGGAGCCCAAAGCAGCAGCCAAGUCUGCAGAGACCGUUGUAGAUAACAAGCCAGCAUCAGCAGCCUCCCAACCUGGAGAAGAUGCCACCAGUGUGCCCAAGAAGCUGGAGAAGAGGAACUCCAUCCAGCUGUUCUUUAAAACCCUGGGUCAGAAACGUCACUCCACUGAUGCCGGAGUCCAGACAGAACCAGUCAGCGUUGCUGCAGCAGCAGAAAAAGCCAAAUGAGGGCUUUAAGUUUCCUUGUACAGCCCCCCCACCCAUCUUUAUCUCUGUCUGUCACCAUCAUCAUCAUCAUUGCCACCCUGAAUUCCCUUUCUUCUGUUUUUGUCUUUACUUUUGUUAGACAGUACAAUAAGAAAUGUUAUUGGAAGGAUCAAAGCAAGUGAAGAUGGUAGUAAGGAGGAAGUUGAGCUUGAUGUGGUCGAAAGCUGACUUUAUGGAAACCCUUUUGAGUUUUAUAUAUAUUUGAUCACACUGAUGUCCUGAUAAGUACUGCAGUGUGAGACCUUCAGGCCUAAUAUAUUUCCUCACUGUUUAAUUAUCUAACAUCCUGGGCUUAUGCAGUAUUUUGUGCUGUGCUUUGCUUUUGGUAAAUUAAUCUAUCUGAAAUACUUAAACAUGAAAUAUUAUGUAGGGUCUAUUUUUACAUUUAAUGGCAGGACAUUCAUGCAGUAGUGGUCAUGUAGAGGUUAAAAUGAAAAGGAAGCUGAAAGGGGUGUUUAAAUAUGCAUGAAAAUGUUCAAACUGUCAGGCAUAGAUGUAACUGGUGUAAGGCGCAUGUUUAUGAAGCUGAUUACACUUAUACAUGUUCUAACUCCAUGUUAACUCUCUGUAGACCACAGCAUAGUCAAAUAUAGCACAACAGCUUGUAAUAACCCACACAGGAAAUCACAAUCUGUACUCUUCUUUGGGGAAGUGACUGUAAAUCCACUGGAGACAAAAAUAUAUUGUUGUUUUGCAGCAGUCGUGAAUCACAACCAGUUAAGUUUUAAUGUCAUUACAGCACUUUGUCUUGUAUUUGAAGUCUGAUGAUAUUAGUUAUUUUUGUUUGGCAUAUGUGCAAUUAAUAAUAUGCUUAUGUUUGCCUGUAUGUAUUCCUGUAUGUGUAACUUUGUCUUGAAGACAAUAAAUAUAUUUACUGCU